AUGCUUUCGUCAAAACUUUUCUCGCUUUUUAUGAUUAUAUGGUUGAGUGGAGUUCGUGAUGUGGAUGCAGUCUCGGAUCAAUGUCCCUGCUUGGUGGAUUCACUAUGGCUUGACGUGAUUUUUGUCGUUGAAAGUACGGAAGCUGUUUCGAAAGUCGGACUACAACAGGUAGAGCUAUUCAUCGAGACAACUCUAAUGCAAACGACGAUCAGCCCAUCACAAUUAAGAGUCGGUGUCAUCACGUAUGCGGAUGAACCACAAAUUGUCGCCGAUCUUACCACUUAUGGAUCCACUGCUGAACUGAUGGCGAAACUCGAUAUUCCGUUUUUGGGUGGAGUGGUCAAUGACGCGGAGAGUGCUCUCCGCAAAGCAACCGAGCUCUUCCAGAAAGAUCAUCGUGCAAAUGUGCGCAAAGUGGCCGUGCUUUUCGCAGCUUCUCUUGAUACCAUUGCUUCAAUGCCAAUUGAAAUCGGAAAUGAUUUCAGAGAGGAUGGAGGAGUGCUGAUUGCAAUCGAGUUUGUCUCAGCUCGAGGCGCUCAUGUGCCUGCAAUUCGCGAGCUUGCUUCUGAAGGCUACGUUUUAAGCACAGCUCUUGAACAACUACACUCCAGUGAUCUUCUUGAGGCUCUAUGUGAUGCUAACUGUUACUGUGCUGCCGGUCAUUACCCACUUUCGAAUGGGACGAGAAAAACGCCCGAUGGUGGAUGCUUUUUGCCAUCUGAUGUGGCUGCUGAACGAGAUCAAGCUGCAAGCGCCUGUGCCAGUGCUCACGAAGGAGCCUUUUUGCCGGUAGUGAACGAUGAUCAGACGAACGAUCUUCUAUUUGCAGUGAACAAAUGGUCCGAUGUGCAAUUAUGGCUUGGUGGUAAGCUGAUCAACGGUCAACUUCAAUGGGACAAUGGAGUCAAGCCAAAAUCUACCGCUUUCAAUCCAAUCAUUCACAAAUCGACUGCAACAGAGGCUUGUUUGUAUUCGAAACAAAAAUCCGAUAAGAAGAUCGAAUGGUUUUCCGGUGAUUGUUCUACUCCUCAGAAAUUCGUUUGUCAGAGUGCUCCUCUCUCGUCGAAAAAUCGUCUUACCAUGCAGUCACACGCAAAAUACCGAAAGCUCACCCCUAAAACCAUG